GACCAACAAGCCUCUUUGUAAACAAAACUCAACCAGUAAGCUUUAGAUCCUGUGUUUUCUCUCUCCUCCAUUUUUUUCCAGUUGAUGAUACAUCACUAGAUCACAUAGUACUGAAACUGGAAAAUAAGAAUUUCCAUGAAAUAACCCCAUUAAAUUACAAAAAUUAAGAAACACCCAACAACACCAACUCACUCAAUGCAAUCAAAGUAGUCAAGAAAAUUGCAGAAUUCGCAAAUUUAGUUGGGUGGGCUGUAUCCGGGUCGGGCGGGUAGGAUGUCUGAUCUGAGUUUGGAGUUACAGGAAUCCGGGUGGGAAGAGCUCCGGAAAGAAGCCCGGAAGAUUGAAGGUGAUCUUGAUGUUAAGCUAUCUUCUUAUGCUAAGCUUGGUGCCCGUUUCACACAAGCUCCCCCUGUUUUCUGAGCAUAGUGUCAUGGAAUUAGGUUAUGCGGAUACUGGAUCACCAACAGUGAGUUCCAGCAGGUCAUGGAAGUCUAUGGAAAUGGAAAUUCAGUCUUCACUUGAGAAGUUAGUAGACAUAAAUGAUUCAAUGGGCAGAUGUGCUGCAUCUGCGGCUCCCACUACAUCAGUUACUCAAAAACUUGCAAGACACAGAGACAUACUUCAUGAGUUUACCCAGGAAUUCAGGCGUAUCAAAGGAAAUAUAAGUUCGAUGAGGGAACAUGCGGAGCUCCUUAGUUCAGUGAGAGAUGAUAUUAGUGAGUACAAGGCAUCGGGGACUAUGUCACCAAAGGGGCAUCUGCUAAGAGAAAGAGGUGCAAUUCACGGAAGCAUAUCUCAUAUAGAUGAGGUAAUAAAUCAAGCUCAGGCUACAAGAUCGGUCUUGGGUUCUCAGAGGGCGUUGUUUGGUGAUGUUGGAGGAAAAGUGAAGGUUUUAAGCGAGAAAUUUCCUGUCAUUCGUGGUCUACUUGGUUCAAUCAAAAGAAAGCGGUCAAGAGAUACACUGAUUCUGUCUGCAGUCAUCGCGGCCUGUACUUUGUUCCUAAUUAUAUACUGGCUCUCCAAAUGACAGAAACAUAUCUGGAUAAACAUUUACUUAUGUCAUCUAGAGAUGAUAUUUUUUUUUGGUUUCUGUAACUUGCUGGUAAUAUGUAGGUCAACGAACCCUUACAGUUGCAAUAUAUGAGUGGCAUUUCCGGAGUA